AGCGAGGUAGAGUGAAGAAGCUGCAACUUGUUUCAUAGAACCCCUUCCCGGUGUUCUCGAGAUUCAGCUAGCCAUGAAAGGAGGUAGCGGCGGUAAACGCACCCGAGGCGGCGCAGCGAGGCCUGGGUCGCGCGGGGCAUUAGAAGUAGGCAGCGCUAGCGGCAAAGGGAAUGGUUUGCUGGGGAAAGAGAGCAAGGCAAUCGGCGGCAAAAGGGGUGGAAAGUCGCGGCAAGUAGGAAAGAUGAUCCGCGGAAAGAAGGUGUUUGGCGGGGGGAAGACGAUCGGGGGAGACGGAGUGAAUCUGCGCAUGGUUAAAUGGAAGGACGUGACGCCCGUGGAAGGGCUGCAGAUCCUCAUGGACCACCGCAACCCCGCUGCAGGAGGCUUCAUGGGGCUGGAGGAGAUCGACCCCGCGGAAUUUGAGGGCCUGGCGGGUGGCGGAGCACUGGGGGGCGGGGGAGACCUGGAGGGGGGGAAGAUGGAGGGCGGAGAGAUGGAGGGGGGGGGAGAGAAGGGGGGAGCAGAGACACAGGCAGACGCGGGUGAAGGGGAGAAUGAGGACAUGGUUUUAGAGGGAGGGUUGAAGGGGGGGGAGGAAGGGAAGGUGAGCGGGAGAUCUGGGGUGCGUCAGGACGAGGGGAAGGGGAAGGGGAAGAUGAGCAGAAUACUUGAGGCGGCUAAAGACGCAGGGGAGGGGAAGGGUAAGUUGAGCAAGAGCCAGAGGAGGAAGAUGCAGAGGAAGCUGCUGAAAACAGCUCUGAAGCGAGGGGAGAAGGCGGGGAGGAACAAUGUGCCAGGGGAAAGGCGGGAGGGUGGAAAAAAGGAGGGAGAAGAGGAGGGACAAGAGGGAGAAGACGAGGGAGAAGACGAGGGAGAAGAAGAGGAGGAGGGAGAAGAGGGGGAGUGCGAGGAGGGGGAAGCGGGGGAGGGUGACGGGGAGGCGGCCGAAGGAGAGGAUGACGAAGGGGGGAGGGGGAAGCGGGGAGGGUGAAGGGGAAGAGAGAGUAGGAGAGGAGGGAGAAGGGGAGGAGGACAUACUCAUGCCAGACUGGGAAAUGCUGCGCCUGAACCCCCUCAUUCUCCGCGCUCUAAAGGACCUAGGCUUCACCUCCCCCACACCCAUCCAGCGCGCGUGCAUCCCUGCAGCCGCCAUGCGGGGGAGGGACGUUGUGGGGGCGGCUGAAACUGGGUCAGGUAAGACCCUGGCGUUCGCGAUUCCGAUUCUGCAGCGGUUGUUGGAUGAGAGGGAGAAGGAGAGGCGGCAGGCGGAG